AUGGGUCGCAAUGCAGCUUUUCUGAGACGCUUCCUGCUCUUGCUACUGGGCCUAUGGCAUUUCUCCACAGCAACCUCCAUCAAAACGACAUCGUCGUCUAAACCGAGGUACAAGAACGCGUACGCGACGAUGAUGUAUGUUGGGACGCCAAGAGACUACGAGUUCUACAUCGCUGUACGCGUCCUCCUUAAAUCCCUUUCCAAACUUAACGUCGAAGCCGAUCUCGUCGUCAUUGCUUCCGUCGAUGUCCCUCUCCGAUGGAUUCGUGCUCUUGAAGAGGAAGAUGGGGCGAAAGUGGUAAGGGUCGAAAACAUGGACAAUCCGUACAAGCAUCAAGAUAAUUUUGACAAGAGAUUUAAGUUAUCGUUGAACAAAUUGUAUGCAUGGAGCUUAGUGGACUACGAAAGGGUAGUCAUGUUGGAUGCUGAUAAUCUCUUCCUCCAAAACACGGACGAGUUGUUUCAAUGUGGACAAUUCUGUGCUGUCUUUAUCAAUCCUUGCAUCUUCCAUACUGGCCUCUUCGUCUUGCAGCCAUCAAUGGUGGUGUUUAAAGACAUGGUUCAUGAAUUACAGAAUGGAAGAGAAAAUCCAGAUGGUGCAGACCAGGGUUUUAUAGCUAGCUACUUCCCCGAGUUGCUUGACAAGCCCAUGUUUCAUUCCCCUCCAAAUGGCACCAAGCUUGAAGGAGCAUAUAGGCUUCCUUUAGGUUAUCAAAUGGAUGCUUCUUACUAUUAUCUUAAACUUCGGUGGAACAUACCCUGUGGACCAAACAGUGUGAUCACAUUCCCGGGGGCACCAUGGUUGAAGCCAUGGUAUUGGUGGUCGUGGCCCGUUCUUCCAUUAGGUCUCCAUUGGCAUGAACAACGUCGUCAAACUUUGGGGUAUGGUGCUGAAAUGGCUGUGAUACUUAUCCAGUCUGCAAUAUAUCUGGGAAUAAUAGCAAUGACGCGUUUGGCAAGGCCAAGCCUCUCGAAGCUUUGUUAUAGGCGCUCUGAUAAGAGUAUCAACCUAGCGCACAAUAGCCUGAAAUUAGUUGCUUUGUGUUGCAUUCUUGCUGCUUACGCAACACCCUUCUUUAUCAUCCCUCACACGGUUCACCCUGUGCUGGGCUGGAUCCUAUAUUUGCUUGGUGCUUUUGCACUUUGCUCAAUUUCAAUUAAUGUCUUUCUGCUACCAAUUUUACCCGUUUUGGUACCGUGGCUUGGAAUUGUAGGAACCCUGAUGGUGAUGGCAUUUCCUUGGUAUCCAGAUGGGGUAGUAAGAGCCUUGUCCGUCUUUGGUUACGCCUUUGGUUUUGCACCAUUUUUGUGGCUAUCUAUUGUGAGGAUAGUGGCAGGACUUCAGUUAUCUCUAGAAAGGGAGGCUUUUCUGCCAAGAUUGGGAGAAUGUUCGCCAAAUUCAUGGUUUACCAAGUUAUAUUGA